UUCCCAUUUGCCUGACUACAACGUACUUUUUGGCUAUUUCUUUGAGCGACAUGGCUAUUUUUAGUCGGGCAUAUAACAACAAGGUACUUUAGGAAUAUUUUAGUUAACUUCAUUAUUUGUCAAUUUUCUUACAGAACAUCCCCUAUCAAAUGACACCUUUCUUACUCGACAUGAAUUGUAAGAGUCGUUGAAGGUCAAGGACCAUGGGAAGUCAAACAUAUCCCUGUGUUUCCGUGCUGAUGCCGUCGGACGGUGACGUGGUGGUUCCGUCCAGGCAGACGUUCCUGAUCGUCUGGUUGAAGGCGUUGCCGCUCGUGCUGCUCGCCUUCUCCACGGUGACCUUCAACACGAUGGUCCUCUGGAUGUUCAAGGUCAAGAAAUCGCUCCGCAGCUGCAAAAACAUCUACCUGGGCAGUCUGGCCAUGGCUGACCUCAUCAUCGGCGUCUCCAUGUUCCCCGCGGCCGUGCAGCAGCUGAAAGGCCAGGUGGAGUGGCUGCCGUUCGUCUGGUGUCGCGUGUACCUGGUCGUGAGGCAAUCGGCGCUCUACGUCUCACUGCUCAGCCUGCUGUUGAUCACCGCUGACCGGUGGUGGUCGAUCCACUAUCCGUUUUCGUACCGCACCAGGCGGAGAAAGAAGAACGCAUUCCUUGCCGUGGGUGGCGUGUGGUUGAUUGGGUUCAGCCUGCAGACGAUCCCCGUGGCCGUCUGGGACUUCCUCAUCCCCAAGGAGACGCCAAGUUUGAACUCUUCAUCUCCAGACUUAGAUCUUGUCUUGAAGACAUUUCCCGCGUGCGAGCUGCCUUUCUCGCACAACAUUUCGUUCGUCGCCAUUGUGUCCGGCAUUCAGUAUUUUGUCCCUCUGGUGGCCAUGCUCACAUUGAACUGCAGCCUGUACCUUGGAAUCCUGGGAAGGAAAAAAAUACAGAUUCGACGAUCUCUGAACUCAUCGGAUAAGUUAUAUUCCUCCGAUAAGCGGAAUUCGAUUUCCUCCAUCCAGGAAAUCAGCUCGUCGGCGGAGGAAUACGCGGAACUACUUGGCGGAGUCGGCCAUAGACCUAGCUACAUCCGAUUCAACAACAACAGGCGCAACUCGGCUGGUCCGGUGCUGCUCAGGUCGUCCAACUCGGUGCCGGUGUUCAACAACCAGCUGGUCCCCAACAACUCGGCCAGGAGGUUCAGCUGGGCGCCCAGGAAGAGCUCGCUGCGGCCCAGCAAAGACGGCGACGAGCUGGCCAAGAGCCUGCUGGUCAAACAAGACCGCCGCGCCGCGUGCUGGCUGGGGCUGCUGGUCAUCGUCUUUCUCGUCUGCUGGUUGCCGCACAUGAUCGUGGGGGUGCUGAUCACCACGCGCCACAACGGCGUGCCCCUGUGGGCAAGGGAUGUGACGUUCUGGUUCCUGCUGGCCAACUCGGCCAUCAACCCGUUGCUGUACGGCUUCUUCAAUAAGGAGAUACGAGAGGCGUUCAAACAGUGGAUGUACGGCGGUUCCAUGAGGCGGGCGCGAGGGAAGAACGCGCUCUUUAUUUAUGGGAUU